AUGGAUUGGUUGAAAUUGUUCACUCUUCUUGUAGCUGUUGCUUCCAUCUCUGUAAAGGCAGAUGGACCUAAGAAAAAGAUCCGCAUACAUCUACCACAGAAAGUGAAGCAUAUCCACCAUCAUAAGAAAAUUUACAUAACGAACCACCCUGCAUCCUCACAGUAUGCGCCGGCUUAUAUGCCGAGUGCCGAGGGCACAGUGGCGGUAUCUACGAACGUUUUGCCAGCUAUGGCAAAUAUUGUACCAUUAAACUCCGUGGAUCUUUACGACGAGUCUCAGCCACGGCUACCCAGUAUCUCCCCUGCGGCGUCGCAACUCUUGCCUUUAUACCAUGCUCGUGGAUACUACGGUCCAACUCCCGCUGAUAUAGAUGAAUCAGAUUACGAUACGGCUCCAGAGCCCGCUGAAUAUGUUCCCUCGUCUUAUUCAUCCCCGAGCGUUGGACAUUCUUCUGGUCAUCCUCCCAAGCGAGUAAAGAUUAUCAAAAUUAACGAGCAACCUCGUAAAAAAGUAAUACGAAAGGUUAAGCCAAAACGAGUAGUUAUACGAAAUAAACCUCAACCCCCACCCCCCUCAGACGGUGAACAUCCAGUAUCGACUUUUCAUGAACAAUUUUAUUCAGACAUUGACGGCUCUGGAACAAUAAGGAAAAUAAGAAAGCCACCGCGAGUAGAGAAAAUUGUGGACGGUGACACAGAACAUAUUCAUACAUACAGCGAGGAACAUAUACAUAAAGUUAUAUUGGAUGAUGGUCCAAAGAUUGGUAGUGUAGUUGGUGUCGAUCACUUUAAUGGAGUACCUAGUAUUUCUACCGGACAAGGAAUAAUACCAUUCAAAAAUUCUCAAACAUUGAUUGCCAUACCGUCUCACUCUUUUGGUAAUUUUCAGUCAUUAGGAAAUACGGGACACUUUGAAUAUGCUGCAUAUAAUCCUCGCGAAGUUACACAUGAUCAUAUAUUUCAUGAUCACGGAGAAAUUUCUUCGGAUAUAGAUUUAAAUAAGGAGUCUUUUGGUUUGCCUCCGAAAGUUUCUUAUAAUAGUAAUGGUUUGAGAAUCAGUGGUUCACAAAAAAGACAUAAAAUCAAACAUUCUCAAAAAAGCAAAAAGUUCUCCAAGCCCUCAUCAAAUGAUUUCUCUUACUAUGAGAGUAUUUACUCUCCAAACAGUAGACCAAAUAAAAUACAGAGGCCUUCAUUAACAGUACCUUCGUUUGAAGUUUCUGAUGAGGCAAACUUUGAAGAUUAUAGGCCUGUUCCCGAUUUUGGAUACAAAGAAAAUAAAAAGCCUCGUAAUUCUGUAGCCACAUAUUAUGGCAAAUCAUCAAAUGAUUAUCGACUGCAACAAGCUAGUGCUCCAGCUCCAUUUUCCGUGUCAUCGACUGUAGUACACGAAUAUAAACCAAAAAGAUUUCCAGGAUCAGCUUCUGCACCUUCAAGCUUAACAAAAGUAAGAGACCCCUUCGCUAAUUUCAAAGAUUCUUAUGGAAAUAACUAUGAAUACGACACGUUUGCUUCCUCGUCAAACGUUUAUGCGUCUGAGGAUAAAAAUGACGUUGGAUUUUCAAAUCAAAAUAAAAAGGGAAAUAAAAAGUCAAUAUCGACCCAAAAUAUUAGGUUUGGCAACCAAGAUCACAUAACAUACGUUGAUCAUUUGGAAGAUCAAAGUUUUGUAGAUGACUUGGAUGACGGCCCAACGGCGUUAGAAAAUGACGAUCAAUUUGAGCGAUCACAAAAUAGUGAAUCAGUAACAACGGGAACAUACACGAUAAAAGAUUCUUCUCAAGCCCAUCAAUACUACACUAUGAUGGCUGCGAAGGCUCUUCAAGGUGAACAAAUAUCUGUGCCUGAAGCUUCCAACGAUAAUUUCCAUUAUGCUGCAGCGCCGACUCCUUCAACGACAGAGUUUGCAUCUUCAGCGACUUCUGCCAUGCCCAGUUCAAAUCUUUAUAAUUUUCAAAGUACAGAAAAUCCUCACACUGAAUCUCCAAAAUAUAUUCCUGAUUUAAAAUCUACUAGUAAGAAUAAAGAAGCGUCUCAUCAACCGAAUUACAGCAACGUUCUCAUGGAACCUAGGGAUCAUUACAGAACAAGAGUGAUACAAAGUCAGGAGUCGGCAAGAUCACAGGAUCAAGGUUCUCCAAUUGUUAGAGGAAAACUUAAAUAUGGUGACAAAAUUUAA